AGCCGAAGACAUAAAAAAAAAAGUUCAGAAAAAAACAAAAAUUGAGUGAAGUCGGUACUAGGGCUUACUGUUGGUUUUUGCCGAUCGUCAUCGUCUCUCACUAAUUCUUCAUUUCGUUAUCUGGAAAACGCAGAAAUGGAGACUCCAUACCCGAAACUCAUGGAUCCUUCUAAGACGAGAAUCGGGUGGAUUGGCAUCGGAAUAAUGGGAUCAGCCAUGGUUUCUCAUAUUCUCGCUGCAGGUUAUGUCGUCACCGUCUAUGCUCGUGAUCACCGGAAAUCAAAGGAUCUGCAAAUUAAAGGAGCUCGCACCGCCAAUAGUCCCAAAGAGUUAGCUGAGGUGAGCGAUGUUGUGUUUACAAUGGUUGGAAACGCCAACGAUGUUCGAUCGUUGCUUCUCGGUGAAGAUGGUGUACUCUCUGGUCUCAAACCAGGGGGAGUAACUGUGGACAUGACUAGUAGCAAGCCAGCAUUGGCGCGUGAAAUACACGAGGAGGCGAGGCGGAAGGAUUGCUGGGCGGUGGAUGCGCCUGUAUCAGGUGGAGAUGCUGGAGCACGAGAGGGGAAGCUUACAAUGUUCGCCGGCGGAGAUUCAAAGAUUGUGGAGUGGUUAUAUCCGGUGAUGGAGAAUAUGGGAAUUGUGAGGUAUAUGGGAGGAGCAGGGAGUGGACAGAGCUGUAAGAUUGGGAAUCAGAUUUGUGCAGGAGGCAACCUGGUGGGACUUGCUGAAGGGAUUGUGUUUGCUGAGAAGGCGGGUUUAGAUCCGGUGAAAUGGCUUCAGGCGGUGAAGGACGGUGCAGCUGGCUCAGCGGUUAUGAGGCUUUUCGGGGAGAUGAUGAUAAAAAGGGAUUAUAAGGCGACGGGGUUUGCGGAGUACAUAGUGAAAGAUUUGGGAAUGGCGGCAGAGGCGGAAGCUGCGUUGCCUGGUGCUGCUUUGAGCAAGCAGUUCUUCUCUGGAAUGGUUGCAAAUGGAGAUGGAAAGUCAGGGAUUCAAGGCGUCGUCUCUGUUAGUAGAAGACUUAACGGCAUGUCUUGAUAACACCUUCUUGUUACCACAUAAGUGUUACAAUGGUUCCAUGGUUGAUAAGGUAGACUCGUCUUUGAUUUGGUUUAAGUUGAUAAUAAAAACAUAGGGUCUCA